CAUCUCAGAGCAGAAGAAGAGCCUUCUCCUCCCCUCGAAAAAAAAGAGAGGAGAGCCUUCUCUUCUCAAGAAGAAGAGGGAAGAAGAAGAAGAAGAAAGGCAAAAGGCCUUCCUUUCGCUUCCAAAGCGAAAGAUCUGAAGGCCCGCCAGACUCACGCAAUUCCAAUCGGAGACCUAACCAGCCGGACAGCAUGAGUCGCCAAGAUAUCCUCAAAGUCCAGACCCUCGAGCUCAAAGUUCCCAUCCACUGCGACGGGUGUCUGAAAAAGGUCAAGAAGAUUGUUCAAAAAAUUGAUGGUGUGUACCAGAGCAGCGUCGACGCGGCGCUGGGGAAGGUGACGGUGACCGGGCUGAUGGACCCGGAGACCGUCAUCACCAAGAUCCACAAGUCCGGCAAGCCGGUGCGCGUCUGGGGAGAGAAGCCUGGCGUUCCCCUGGAGGUCCAGCUUGAGAACCUGAAGCUUAGCAGCGGUGGGAACGGGAAGGGCCAGCAGCAGCCCAAGGACGAUGCCGGCGGCAAGGACCAGGGCCAGGGCAAGCAGCCCAAGGGUGCUGGAGCGGGCGGUGGUGGCGCCGCUGCCGGCGCCGGCGGUGCGAAGGAGGCGAAGAUGGUGGCACCGACGCCGCAGCGCUUCGAGCAGAUGACGACGCUCCUACCCAUACCCAUGGGCGCUGGCAAGAUGCCGAUGCCGAUGCCGUUCCCGGCGGCAGCGGGGAAGGACCCCAGGAUGGUCAAGUUCGACCUCCCCAAUGGCGACGAGUUCGGGGACGACGACAACAGCGGGUUCGGCGAUGAGUUCGACGAAUUCGACGACAUCGAUUUCGAGGAUGACGGCCUCGACGACGACCUCAACCUCGACGACGACCCCGCCAUGAUGACGAUGCCUAUGGGCGGCAAAAAGGGUGGCGGCGGCGGCGCGCAGCAGCCGCCGCAGAACGGCAAGGGCGGCGUCGGCGGCGCCCCGGGCGGCGGGAACCAGCCCGGGCAGGGCAACAAGGGCCGCGUCCCCGCCGGCGCCGGUCUCGGCGGGCCCAUGAUGGGCGGCAUGCUGCCGCCGGCGUGUGGCAUGACGAUGAGGCCGCCCCACAUGACGGGCGCGGGCGGCGGCGCCGGUUUCCCCGGCAUGGGCUCAAUGGGUGGCGGCAGGCCCCUUGGCGGCAUGCCGAUGGCGAUGGGCCACCCCGGCAUGGGUGGCGCCGGCAUGCAACCGGGCAGCGGCAGCGCGCACGGCAAGCCGGCUGGCGGGAUGCCGAUGCACCCCGGCAUGGGUAGCGCCGGCAUGCACCCGGGCAAAGGCGGCGCGCACGGCAAGGCAGCUGGCGGCAUGCCGAUGGGCGGUAUGCCUGCUCCUGGGUUCUUUCCAGGCGGCAGCAUGCCGGCCGGCCAGGAGAUGCUGGCCAUGUCCCAGCUGCCGCACGGCCACCACCAUGGCCACGGCCACGGCGGCCAGGCGUAUCCACCGCCGCCAGCGAGCGGCUACGGGUACGGGUACGGCCGGCCGCCGAUGCUGCAGUACCCGCCGCCGCCGCCGCCGUACUACUACGCGAUCCCGCCGCAGGAUAACUUUUUCAGCGACGAGAACCCCAACGGGUGCUCGGUGAUGUGAGGCGAGGAGGUCGGUCGCCGGCAGCCUGCUGCUAAUGCAUGCUCUCGGGAGAAACUGAACCAGCAGAGUUAUGGCCAUCAUUGAACAUGCUUAGUAGUGUGCUUGCUUGCUCUAAACAUCAAGAAGCCAUUUUAGAGGUUGCCUCUCGUAGGAGAUUAGAACCGGUAGAAGAGUGGAUGGAAACAAAAGGGAUUAAUUGUCUUGAGCAUAGGAUCGAUAAGUUUGGGUCGUAUCUUAUGGAAAUAAACCUAUCGGUUCUACUAAAACAAUCAUUACAUAUUUGAAAUACUUUGACGCUUUUGCUCAUUUAUUUAACUGAAUUUCGUGA